CCCCCCCUCAUUUCCCCCCUCCCCCAGCGAGAUCAGCGAGAUCACCAGCAUCAAGAAGGAGGACGUGAUCUCCACCCUGCAGUACCUGAACCUCAUCAACUACUACAAGGGUCAGUACAUCCUGACGCUCUCCGAGGACAUCGUGGAGGGCCACGAGCGGGCGAUGCUCAAGCGGCUCCUGCGCAUCGACGCCAAGUGCCUGCACUUCACCCCCAAGGACUGGAGCAAGCGGGGCAAGUGGUGAGGCCACGCCCCGUCAGGCCACGCCCCCUCAUUAAACACCACCUGGCCCCGCCCACACCUGGCGCUGCAAACGCUUUAUUGAACAGAAGAGGGGGUGCUGUCAGACCCCACCCACAAUGGGAGUGGCUUCGUUUUGUGGGCGUGGCUUUGAAGCCCCGCCCAUAUUGGGCGUGGUUUUGUUGUGGGCAGAGCCUGCUGAGAACAGGUUGGUGUUUUAAUAAAAAGGGGUGGGGCUUCCAUAGACUCCACCCACACUGGGCAGGG